CUCUCCAGCCUUCCUCGAAACGCCCAAAUCCGCGCGGCUUCUCUUCGGACACAAAAGAGACAGCUAGGAAAGCAAAAGUCAAAAUAAAUAGUCAACGCGGCGGCGGCGGCCACCCUCCCGCAACGCCAAUGGACGGCCCCCGCGGCGGCCGGCGGCCGAGCUCCGCCGCGGCCGCGGCGGAGAACGCCCGACGCGCUGCCGCGGCGCGCGAGGCGAUGGCGCGGAUGGAGGAGCUGAUGCUCGCCCACGCGGGCGCCGCGGGGGAGUUCAGCAUCAUCCUCGACGCCCCGCUCCCCUCCCUCCAGCAGUACCGCCGCAACCCCACGCCGCCGGGCCCCUCGGCCUCGCCGGUCCGCCGUGGCAGCGCGGGCGGUGGACGGGACGAGGGAGUGCCAGCGCGCCUGCGGCGCGACGGGAGCGUCCCCCACGACCUUGGCGACGCGGACGCCGCGCGCCCCUCUCGCCGCGGCGCGGACGUGGGCGUUCGACGAGAGAAAGCGGCUGGUGCGCGCGUUGGGGUGCUCGGCGAGGAGGAGGUUGAGGCGCCGGUGCGGCUGGUGGGCCCGCGGGGCGUGCGGAGGCCGGACGCCCGCGGCGAAACGCCUCCCACGAGGACUGCCGUUGGGAAACCGGAGGUGGCGGAGGAGGAAGAGGUGACUCCGUUGCAGCUGCUGGCGCGCGGAGGGCGAAGCUCGAGCGCGACGAGGCCCGCGGAAGCGCCGCAGGAGGUGGAGCCCGCAGCCGCGAGGCGGUCGAGGCGGGAGAGCGGCGCGGACGACGGCGUGAAGCCAUUUGUUGCUGAGGUGGCGGCGAACGUGGAGACGCCGCUGCAGCUGCUGGCCUGCGGGGGGCGAAGCUCGAGCCCGACGUGGCGCGGGGAAGCGCCGCAGGAGGUGGAGACGGUCUCCGCAAGGCCGUCGAGCCGGCGAUCGAGGCGGGAUGCCGUCGCAGAUGCCGGCGUGAAGCCAUUUGUUGCUGAGAUGGCGUGGAACGUGGAGAACGAGGUGCAGAGCGUUGGGCGGCAGAGGAGCCGAGGGAGCGAGGAUGGCGGGGAGGAGGCGGUGGCGUUGCCCAAGCCGUUGGCGGCGGUCGUCUCCGGAGGCCGGAGCAGGAGCAAUUCACCGGCGAUAAGUCGGAAUGGUGUGGACUCAGCUGCAGCAAAUCGCCCACCAUCAACAGGAAGGUCAACCUUUGCACCACCAGUUGGCGUUAGUGUGAGGCCUCUACAAGCUGUGGAAAUGCCCAAUGGGACACCUAGGGAUAGAAGGGUGAUAUAUCCAGAUCCAACUUAUGCUCAAUCUGCACGGUCACGGGACCCACAUGACAGUUCAACAGUAACAGAAGAGCUUGAAAUGCUAAAAGAUGAGAACGUAAAUCUUUUGGAGAAGCUUGGACUAGCAGAAGAGAAGCUUAGACAAUCUGAAGCCCGGACAAGGGAGCUUGAGAAACAGGUUGCUAAUCUUGGUGAUGGAUUAUCUAUGGAAGUAAAGCUUAUGAAACGGAGGGAGGAGAUGCUUGUAAGAAAGGAGCAAGAAAUAAGAAAAGCUCUUAUAUCCAAGAAUGGCAAAAGCGAAGAACUCACCACUCUUCAACAGCAGUUACAGUCUGCAAGAGAAGAGGCAGGCGCUGCUGUACAGAAACUCAAAGAAGCUGAAUCCGAAACAAAAGGCUUACGUACAAUGGCACGCAGGAUGAUCUUAAGCAAAGAAGAAAUGGAAGAAGUUGUCAUGAAAAGGUGUUGGCUUGCUCGAUAUUGGGGCUUGGCUGUUCAAUAUGGCAUUUAUCCAGAUAUAUCCAUGUCAAAGCAUGAAUACUGGUCUUCGCUUGCACCUCUUCCGUUUGAGUAUGUAACAUCUGCUGGACAGAGAGCCAAGAAUGGAUCUGAUCAUAGUGGGAGUAAUGAUUUGGAAGAUGCAGACAAACUUGUUCAUGAUUUGACUGUCACAGCAGGGGAGGGCAACGUAGAAACCAUGCUUUCUGUUGAUAAAGGACUUCAAGAAUUAGCUUUCCUGAAGGUUGAGGAUGCUGUUCUUGUUGCUCUUGCCCAACAUCGUCGAUCUAAUGUUGCUGAGCCAGCAGAUCCAGAUAUAAAAUCAUCUGGUGAUGAAAAUUUCACUGAAGCAUUUGACCUAAGCAAGGAGGAAGAGGAAGAUGUACUGUUCAAGCAGGCUUGGCUCAUCUAUUUCUGGAGAAGGGCUAAAACCCAUAAUGUGGAAGAAGAUAUUGCUGAGGAGCGAUUGCAGAUGUGGAUUGAUCGACAUGACCAGCAACCAACUUCACAUGACGCUGUAGAUGUCGAGCAAGGCUUGCACGAGCUGAGGAAGUUGGGGAUCGAACAGCUCCUGUGGGAGCUUUCCCGCCAUGAGGUGAACAUCACCAAAGCCGAGGAGGUGAACAUCACGAAAGGCUAUCCAUCCGACAGCGAGGAUCUGACCUAGGAGCCUCAACGAACAGCGACCGUCGCUUGAAUCCAGCUUAGCUAUUCAUGCGUACCAUCAGCAACAGUCGAACACAGUAAACAUGUUUCCUGUUUUUUGUCUUUCAGUUUUGACACAAAAAGUUCAUUGAUUUUUUUUCGAUCGUGUACAUAACUUGCAUCCCUCUGUGUUACUAAAACAGCCUAAAGGGUGCUGAUUAAACCUAGUGAUGUACUUGCCGUGGGCCUAAAAACAAUGCUGGUGCAAUCAAUUGUACCCAGGAAAUCAUCACAUCUGCUGUCACUGUUUCUGAAUCA